AUGCAGUGGAUUGAUGAGCAGAGCCGCAUGAAGCAACUGUGGGCGUUUAGAGACUGCCUUGGCAUUUGGAGGCCUGAUUUCAUAUUGACAGGUGACGGCAGCGGUGCGGUUGGAUUUCAACUGUGUGGGAUAAACAGCCCCGAAUCGAGCUUAAAGCCAGCUGGUGACUUCAAUGAGAUGGUGGACAGUCUUGUCUGCCUUUUCGACGCUAGGUUGCCAAUCCAUCUUGUAAGGGGAAGGGACACAAUUGACAGGCAAGAGUUUAUCCACCUAGUCGAGAAGAAGACUGGGCUACGGCCAAGGUUUGUUGGGUUAGCGGACCUGCAGUUGGGACCGGAUCCUUCUUCUGCGACAGGAAAGUCCCUUUGUUGCAAAAGUCCGGCCAGUAGGGAAGAAGGAGAAGAACUAGAGAAGGUUAAGCAGGUGGCUCUAUUGCUCUUCCCUGAUGAGUACUCUUUGCUGGCACAAGACUUGCUCCAACACUUAGCACCUAUAGCGGCACAUGAUUUUCGUACUAGCCUACUAGCCAAUGGCGAUCGGUUCCUAGGCAUUGUGUUACAGGAAAUUGAGCACCUUGUAAUCACCCACAAAGCCCUCACUCCCGACCAGGCUAGACUCCUCAAGGACUGCAUCGUGCCUACCAUACUACCAGGAUCUCUGGAAUUGGAGCAAUGGAUCGAUCUUAGCACCCGAGCGGAGGUUACGAAGAACGAUUAUAUUCUCAAGGCAGCCCGUCAAAGUCGCGGGAUGGGUCAUUUACUCGGAGAGGAAGUCUCUGAAGAGAAAUGGAAGGUGAUCAUGGCCAGGAUGGAUGAUCCAGGUAUGCGCACGGGCACGACAUGUUUUGUUCUGCAGCCUUACAUACAACAGCCCACCUUUGAUAUUGUUGUGAAUGAUGAUAAAGUCGAGCACGGUUUUCAUAUGAUUGGUACAUACUAUACAGCUAAUGGUCGCUUUCUUGGUCUAGGCCCUUGGCGCGCAGGAAGGGCAAAAAUCUGCAACGUCCAUGGUAGCGGGUGUGUGGGGCUAUAUUCUGUUACUCAGGCAGACACGGAUUGAUAACAAAUACAUAAGAAGCUGCUUGCAUGCAGCUGCGUUUCUACGCCACGGGCAGUCGCGUCAGUCGACUGUGAACAAAGCUGGAGGGGCCGUGUCGGAUCAGAUGGCCAGAAUUACAACAAUUGAUAUUCGAGAGGAGAAUUCCAUCCAUCCAUUGCUUAAAACCGAAUCUAACCGACAGCUAGAUAUCGACUAGGUAGGCAUCUUCCCUUGGAAACCUGUAUAUCAUCAAUCAGACCCAGAGGAGGAUCUAUGUCGAUAUGGUUCUCUUCAAGCAAUGGUAGUACUUUCUGGGAUGUCAUACACAUCGCGGUGUAGGGACGAUAUAAAUGGAUAGUGAGAGGGAGAGAGAGAUAUGUGUACACUUUGACUUGUAGGAACCAACCAGCUAUGAGGAAUAUAUUUACCCCCUAUCCGAGACAU